CCAACAUGAAUGUCGUGAUCCUCGCCUGCAUGGCCGCCGUGGCCGUCGCCGCCCCCCAGUAUGCCUACCAGACCCCUGCCCCGACCUACCUCGUCCCCGCCGCCUCCAGCCGAGAUGAGUCCGCUGAGGUGAUCGAGUUCAUUCCUAUCCUGAGGGACGAUCGCGUCCACGAGGACGACGGAAGGUACAACCUGGAUGUGGAGACUGCUAACGGAAUCUCCAUGUCCCAGUCCGGCUCUCCUGACGGUCCCGACGGCGCCAUCGUCAAGGCAGGACAAUACUCUUAUACUGCACCUGAUGGCUCUCUGAUCGAGAUCAAGUUUGUGGCCAACGAGAACGGAUUCCAGCCUCAGGGCGCCCAUCUGCCAGUUGCCCCCGAGUUCCCACACCCUAUUCCUCAGUUCGUCCUGGACCAGAUCGCCUUCGCCGCCGAGGAAGACGCCGCCCGUGAACGUGCUGAGGCUCAGGCUUCCGCCCCCGCCCCCACCAGGCUGACCCACAAGCUAACAUUCCUUGACGGCACGGGAAUUAAACACAGGUCAGCAAGAUUGCACGACAAGGGCGAUAUCACUGCACACUUCCUGUUUCACGUUGGUAUUUCUUUCUGUUACCGAGGUACUCCAUUAAUUUCCCUCACGUUCGCCGCCGAGGAAGACGCCGCCCGUGAACGUGCUGAGGCUCAGGCUUCCGCCCCCGCCCCCACCAGGCUGUACGGCCAACCUCAGUAG